CAGAAAGGAGCUCAAUAGAACUUUGUUGUUUUGCCUUUUACUCUGGGGUGAAAGAAGCAGACGAUGAGGAGAAAAUAAUGAAUAUCAAAGGAAAAGUGAUUCUGUCAAUGCUGGUUGUCUCGACUGUGAUUGUUGUGUUUUGGGAAUAUAUCAACAGCCCAGAAGGCUCUUUCUUGUGGAUAUAUCACUCAAAAAACCCAGAAAUUGGUGACAGCAGCACUCAGAAGGGCUGGUGGUUUCCAAGCUGGUUUAACAAUGGGACCCACACUUAUCAAGAAGAAGAUGACAUGGCCAAGGAAAAAGGAAGAAAAAAGGGACAGAGAAAGGAAGAUAAAGAAGAGCUUCAGCUAUGGGAGUGGUUUAAUCCAGAGAGACGCCCGGAGGUUGUGACAGUGACCAGAUGGAAGGCACCGGUUGUGUGGGAAGGCACUUUCAACAGAACCAUUCUAGAAAAUUAUUAUGCCAAACAGAAAAUUACCGUGGGGCUGACAGUUUUUGCUAUUGGAAGAUACAUUGAGCAUUACUUGGAGGAGUUCAUAACAUCUGCUAAUAAAUACUUCAUGGUUGGCCACAAAGUCAUAUUUUACAUCAUGGUGGAUGAUGUCUCUAAGAUGCCUUUGAUAGAGCUGGGUCCUCUGCGCUCUUCUAAAGUGUUUGAGGUCAGGCCUGAAAAGAGGUGGCAGGACAUCAGUAUGAUGCGCAUGAAGACCAUUGGGGAGCACAUCUUGGCCCACAUCCAGCACGAGGUCGACUUCCUCUUCUGCAUGGACGUGGACCAGGUCUUCCAAGACAAUUUCGGGGUGGAGACCCUGGGUCAGUCAGUGGCUCAGCUGCAGGCCUGGUGGUACAGGGCAUAUCCUCAUGAGUUUACCUAUGAGAGGCGGAAGGAGUCAGCAGCAUACAUUCCAUUUGGUCUGGGGGAUUUUUACUACCACGCAGCCAUUUUUGGAGGAACACCCAUUCAGGUCCUCAACAUCACCCAAGAGUGCUUUAAGGGAAUCCUCCAGGACAAGAAAAAUGACAUAGAAGCCGAGUGGCACGAUGAAAGCCAUCUAAACAAGUAUUUCUUUCUCAACAAACCCUCUAAAAUCUUAUCUCCUGAAUACUGUUGGGAUUAUCAUAUAGGCCUGCCUUCAGAUAUUAAAAUUGUCAGGUUAUCUUGGCAGACAAAAGAGUAUAAUUUGGUUAGAAAUAAUGUCUGACUUCAAGUUGUGCCAGCAGGUUUCUGAAUUUGCGAGAGUGUUAUUCCGGCCACUUCCUC